AUGUUGUCCAUUCUGAGAAAAGCACGUCUCAAAGACAAGGAGAUGCGAAUCCUGAUGCUAGGCCUCGAUAAUGCGGGAAAGACUACGAUUGUCAAGAAGAUUAUGGGCGAAGACGUCAACACCGUAAGCCCGACAUUGGGCUUCAUCAUCAAGACUAUAGACUACGAUGGAUACAAGCUAAACAUUUAUGCGUUGAUCUGGGUCGUCGAUGCCACAGAUCGACUGAGAAUCGAGGAUUGCAGAGAGGAGCUCCACGGCCUGCUGCAAGAAGAGGUUCGUGCCAACGGCGAGGAUGGGGAGGAGGACGACGACACCGAUUAUCUGGAGCAAGUUUGCUCGUGUUUGCCAACAAGACCGACGUCAACGGAUGCAUGGACGAGCAGGAAAUUCUUCAAGUUGGGUGCUCCGGGACAACCACAUCUUGGACCAUUACUGGGGGGAGUCGAGCUGACGUAUUUCACCCAGGGGCUGCAAUUGGAGGCGAUUAGAACACAUCGCUGGCACGUCCUGCGAUGCAGUGCCAUGACAGGCAGCAACCUCAAGGAAGGCCUUGCUUGGGUGGUGGACGACGCAAAGAAGAGGCUGUUCCUGUACUAG